GCCCAAUGGGAGGUGUGGAUAGUGAGGGGUCCCACACGCCUGGAGCCGAGGGUCUGUGUCAAGAGCGGCAGGGGCUACUGGAGACAAGAGAGAUGGAUACCAGGCUGCUUUGGACUGCAGGAGGCUUCGGAGUCACAGAAUCACCAAAGACUGAGGCAUAAACAUUGGAUUAAGACUUGUUGAUUAAUAGAGGCUGGCACUGCCUUUUCCACAAUGGCAGAGGUGGUGGCUGAGGUUGCUGAAAUACCAACACAGUCAUCAGGGGCAAUGGAGAUGUCAACACCUAUAUCAGGGGAGAUGGCCGAGAUGGCAACAGAAGUGAAUGAAAUGACAUCUGGGGAGGCCCUUGCCUCAUCCCUCUUCUUCCAGCACCACCAGUUCAUGUGCUCUGAGUGUGGCAGCCUCUAUAACACACUGGAGGAAGUCCUCUCACACCAGGAGCAACAUGUGCCUGCUGUGUUAGAGGAGGAGGCGCUGACCACACAGGACACUGUCCUGGAGCCAGAGUUGAUGCCAGGCACUGAGGAGGGACCUUUCCAGUGUGGUGAAUGCAGCCAGCUUAUCCUUUCCCCCAACGAGCUCUUAGCACACCAGGAUGCCCACCUCCGGGAGUCUGCAAGCCAGAUCCAGUACCAGUGUGGGGACUGCCAGGAACUCUUCCCCUCACCUGAACUGUGGGUGGCUCAUCGCAAGGCCCAGCACCUUCCUGCUACAACAGCUGAGCCACUAGUGCCAUAUCCUUUGCAUGCCCCAACACCACUGCCUCCACCUCCACUGCCCCCUGAAGUCAAGAUGGAGCCCUAUGAGUGUCCUGAGUGUUCCACCCUCUGUGCCACUCCUGAGGAGUUCUUGGAGCAUCAGGGCACUCACUUUGACUCCCUGGAGAAAGAAGAGCAAAAUGGCCUAGAGGAGGAGGAAGAAGGGGAAGAGGAUGAAGAUGAUGAUGAUGAAGAGACAGAGGAUGAGGAGGAAGCAGCCACAGAGGUUGCUGAUGAUGCUAUAGGUGACAAGACCACAGUUAGCCAAGCCCAGGGCUGUGGAGAUUGUCCCCAACACUGUACCUCCUCAGGGGCUCGCCGGCAACACCGGCGAGCAUCUCGUGGCCCAGCAUCAGCCACCUACCCCUUUCACUGCAGCCAAUGUCAGCGGAGCUUCAGCUCGGCAAACCGGCUGCUGGCUCACGGGCGGGCCCACGUGGGUGGCACACACGAGUGUACAACCUGCUCCAAGGUCUUCAAGAAGGCAGCUUCACUCGAGCAGCACCUGCGGCUGCACCGUGGGGAAGCCCGCUACCUCUGUGUGGACUGUGGCCGUGGCUUUGGCACGGAGCUCACAUUGGUGGCCCACCGGCGGGCCCACACUGCCAACCCAUUGCAUCGCUGUCGCUGUGGCAAGACGUUCAGCAACAUGACUAAGUUCCUCUACCACCGGCGCACUCAUGCUGGGAAAAGCGGGGCCCCCACCACUGCAGCAACAGCCUCCCCAGCUCCAGCUGAGCCCACACCCCAACCCCCACCCCCACCCCCAGCCCCUGCCCCACCUGCCCAGCUGCCCUGCCCACAGUGCUCCAAGUCUUUUGCCUCAGCCUCCCGGCUCUCCCGGCACCGGCGUGCUGUCCACGGGCCUCCUGAAAGGCGGCACCGCUGUGGGGUUUGUGGCAAGGGCUUUAAGAAGCUGGUCCACGUGCGCAACCACUUACGGACGCACACAGGUGAGAGGCCCUUCCAGUGCCACUCGUGUGGCAAAACAUUUGCUUCUUUGGCCAACCUCAGCCGCCAUCAGCUGACCCAUACUGGUGUGCGUCCUUACCAGUGCCUGGACUGUGGCAAGCGCUUUACACAGAGCUCCAACCUACAGCAGCACCGGCGGCUGCACUUGCGGCCAGUUGCCUUUGCUCGUGCCCCCCGUCUCCCCAUCACUGGUCUCUACAAUAAGAGCCCCUAUUACUGUGGAACCUGCGGCCGCUGGUUCCGUGCCAUGGCAGGCCUGCGGCUGCAUCAGCGGGUGCAUGCCCGAGCCCGGUCUAUGUCACUGCAGCCUCCCAGAUCACCAUCUCCCACCCUCCCCCCAGCCCCUGAGCCUCAGCAGACUAUUAUGUGCACAGAGCUUGGGGAGACCAUCGCCAUCAUUGAGACAUCCCAGCCACUGGCACUUGAGGACACACUGCAGCUGUGCCAAGCUGCACUGGGAGCCAGUGAAGCAAGUGGGCUGUUACAGUUGGACACAGCCUUUGUGUGACACAGCCAGAAUGCAGCAAUAAAGGGGUUUGCUUGCAACAAUGAGCAUGGGUAUCUCUGGGGAGAAGAGGACCACCCCUCUGACAAGCCAGUCUGGCACUUAAAUAUGUUCCGGGCUCCACCUGGCCUCUUCUACCCACUGACUCCUCAGAACAGUCCUGCCAGAUUUCUUUUGUCACCCUUUCUCUACCUGAGGGGAAGCUGAAGCUCUAAGAUGUGCUGAUUUCUCCCAGGUCACCCUGCUAUGUUGCAAAAUGGGGUUUGCAAGGUUCUUUGCACUGCAUCAUGCUGGUGUCC